AUGGCUCAGAAGCUGAAUAAACCCGAAAUUCUCCAAAAAGCAACUGAGGAAAUCGAUAGUGUUGUGGGAAAGAACAGGCGGGUUCAAGAGGCCGACAUUCCGAAACUGGACUACAUAAAAUGUUCUGCAAGGGAAGCUUUUCGUCUUCACCCCAUUGCUCCUUUCAACAUUCCCCAUGUGUCCAACAGUGAUGCCAUUUUCGCCGGUUACUUCAUCCCUGAAGAUAGUCAUGUGUUCGAUGGCCGCCGAGGCAUGGAUCCGAAUGUUUGGAACGAGCCGUUGGAGUUAAAGCCGGAGAGACAUUUGAAAGAUGAUUGGGGGAGUGGGGGAGUUGAACUGGUAGAGAAUGAACUGAGGUUCAUUUCGUUUGUUGUUGGAAGGCGGGGGAGCAUCGGCGCCGGACUCAGGUCCGCGAUGAAAAUAAUGCUGUUUGCGAGGCUGAUUCAAGGUUUUACGUGGGAUGCGCAGCCAAAUGAAUCGGAAAUUUACCUCUCUAAUCGAGAGAUAAUCUUUUCUUGGCGAAACCGUUGCAUGCACUCGCUAAACCUCGAUUGCCUGUUGCAUUGUAUACUCAGCUAUAAACCAUGGAUUACGAUGGCGUUUCCAAUUGGGUUAUAUUCAUCAUGA